AUGGCGCCCGCAUCUUCGUCAUCGAGGGCGAGAAUCCGGGCCAACAAAAGCGGCCCUGUGCGCCGGUCGCUCUCGCCUUCCGAAAGGUUCUACACCGCUUCUAAUGGCGGGAUCUCGUCGUCGGCGUCAGGUUUCGCUUCUACGACGAGCUCAAGCUUCUCGUCGCCGGCGUCAGCUUUCUUCCACCACCACCAGGACAGCCACUACUACAAUCAGCAGAUCAACCACCACCACCAUCACAGAUCCGCUUCUCCGACGCGUGUCAACCUAUACACCUCCUCCUCUCCGUCUCCGUCCGUCCGGUUCUCCAUCGACCACCGUUCGAUCUCUCCCAACCACCAUUCGAAUCGAUCCAUCGCCGGCUCCAAGAAAACUGGACCGAUUUCCAUGCCGAAGAAGACCUGUAUGUGCUCGCCGACGUCGCAUCCGGGAUCAUUUCGCUGCAGCCUCCACAAAAACCAGGGAGGGAGUCAAAACACCGGAUCUUUCCCGUCGAACAGGUUGAAUAUGCGCAGGUCUGCUAUGACGAACUCGCUGGUACGAAUCAGUGGAGUCGAAGGCGAGUGGGUGAAGCGAGCCUUGACCGCCCUGAUUCGCCCUUGUGCGCACCAGCAGAGGCGGAGAGCCGGGUUCCAGCCACGGCCCAGCAGACUCUCUGCCAUGUCCACCGCCCACUACUAGCGGUGGCGGGUUACGAUUCACGACGAAUUUUGGUUUACAGAGUGACAGAACGGACACAGGUUGGUUGGUUACUUUCCGGUCAUUUCUCUCUUUUUCCGAUCUUUGAACCCGGCUAGUCGAACUCGGAGCCGCACAUCGCAGCCGGUUUUAAUCCUAUCCGACCAGAUCCGAUGGCACAGCUGAAUUGAUUCAACCAACUUGGACGAGUUAUGAAGUGGAGGCGCCGAGUCAAGCCGGCGAGUUUUACACUUAGAACUCCAUAUUUGUACAGUUGAAUGAUAAUCAUGUGCUAUGGAUAAUUGGAAGGACAGUUGUCGGACAA